AUGAUUCAAGACGAAGAAUUUGAGCAACUUGUAAUGACCCCAGAGCGUAUAAAUGCUCUGGGGUUCAAGCCCCAGAAGGAGAUGUUGACUAACCAUCUCCUGCCUUAUUCGUCUGAGCUAGAUGAGGAGUCGACAAAAUUCCUCGAGCAAGUAAAGACAAACCUGGCCAAGGCAGUUAUGUUGCGUGAAAUGAAGCCAUCGUGUGGUGUGUGGUCAUCUAGGCUCAUGAAAUACAUUCGGAUUUAUGGACUAAAGUUUGGAAAAGAAGAUCACAUUGCCCUCGUAAAAUUGGCAUAUGAGCUGGUUCUCAUACCAGAUUUGGAACCCUGCAAGGUUCACAAAUUUGCUACAAUGUUUAUAAUGCUCACCAAAAAGAGACAUUUAAUUUCGCCAGAAGAGCUGACACUUCCAUGGCGCCCACUCUAUGAAAUGGGGAAAAAAAUAUUUGAGAAAAGUGAAACAGCCAUUGGGAUUUAUCACUAUUUGUCGGGAAAACAUUCUGAGAAACAAGAAGUCAAUAUGAUCGAAGUGAUUCGCAAAUUCCUGUCCGGUCAUGGGCUAGAUGACGCUCUUGCUCUGUUCGGAUUUACGGGACAAGACGAAAACAAACUUUCAACGUCAUUGGAGGGAUCAUAUAUUUCUAUGAUAAAUUGCGCAAAGCCCUAUUUUGACCUGAACGCAACAAAAGAGAUCUUAGCUGAGGUAUUGCCCCAAAUCUUUCCAUGGUCCUCAGAUGCACAUUUUAUGAGCCAGUUGGCUGUGUUUCUCCCAGUCACAUUACCACCAGAACAUGCAGACUUUGGACAUAAACUAUGGUUUGAUAAGGCAAUGGAUUUAUGGGACACCUGUUACAAUUCACAAAGUGGUAUUAAUGAUUUAAUGUUGUUAUUUGGUGGUUUAUCGAAAAGAAACCCUGGUGCUGUUGAUUGGACACCAUAUGUACCCAAAAUGUUUAUGUAUAUCCUACACUCCCUCAACUUACCAGUUAGCUAUAAAGACCUGCAAUACAACAGAAACUUUUCCUUAGAUACUAAACAAGUGGCGUCAUGGAUUGUUUGGAAUAUAUCGCCAAAUGGCGUCAUGUUAAAGCAUUUAGGAAGUUUUCUCGCAGGAAUCGAGAGUUAUUUACACAGCGCCAAUUCAGGCCGAUGGUCUUUCAAGCUUCGAGACCUUUUAAGGAAGUUAGCACGAGAAUUUCUUGGUAGAGUUCGCAGAGAACGCGAAAAGAAAUAUAGAAACAGCUGGGAAAAUAAAACACCAGAAUCGUUCAAGCUUCGAGAUGAAGAUAUAACGGAAUUCGUAAAAAUAACUCUUGAACCUACCCUUCAAGCGGUGUACAGUCGUAGUGGAUCCCUCGAUAUAUCAGUAGUAUUACAGAAUCUCGCCACAUUGAGGCCAGCUAUAGUAAUACCACCCCUUCUAGAAAGGUUAAGAACAUCAUUGAGUUCUUUGACGGAACCCCAUAGAGUUACAGCCGCUAUGUCCGCUGUGGCUGCCGUCGCAAGGCAAAUACUCAGAGGACCAGACGCCGAUUAUCCCGAAGGACCAACUCACGUAGUUCCCAUUCUGCUGGCAGUUCUCCCGGGCCUGGAUCCGAACGACAUUAAAAAGACAUUAGUCACUUUGCAUUUUAUAUUAAUCUUCAGUAGCAUGGUACCUUAUAUAGAUUGCAGUUCUGCAUAUGAAUACUGGCCUGAUCUCACUGAAGAAGAGCUCUUAGUUUGUGAAUCAACGGCUCAAUUCGAAGACUUCGUACUUGUGUUUUUGGAUCGACUGUUUGUUAUCAUUGAAUCGAGUGUUAUGGAACAUGCGCGUUUAGAUACGAAAGAUUCUGAUGGCAUUAGAAGUAAAACAGAUGCCAUGAUGGAGACAGCGAUAUCAUCCGCGGCGAAAGGGGUUUUGAUGCAAUGCUCACCUAAAAUAUUCAGAGAAGCAUUGAGAAAGUUUAAGGCAUUCGCAACCGAAUCUACGUUUGAAACUAGUGUUUCCGGUAGUAUGGUGGGUGUUUUGCUUCGUAUGUUUGCUAAGAUUGACUCAGAAGCGACAUUAGCUGCUUUCUUGCCCGAUCUCUGCCACGAGAUAAAAGAACGUCUAUUAACAGAUGAAGCUUUGCACGAAGAGAAUCCACCACGUGAUCUCGUUUACAGACUUGUUCUGUUAAUGAACCUUGUGCAGUGUGACGGUACAGUGUUGCUUAAAUACAUUCCUGAUAUUAUACCUGUUCUAGAUAGGAUAUUAAAGAUUCAUGCAAAUUACGCCCUCACGCGCGCCUGUGAGGUACUAAGCGGUAUUUUUAAUUCCCUGUCAUACAUCGAUUUGAAGGAAACGAGGAGUUCUCCCAAUGACUACGGUGAAGCACCGGAAAAGUGGUUGCCGAUUCGCGAUUGGGGACGUGGUUGUUUCAUUAAAGAUGCGAAGUUAAAAUGGCACGUACCUAAUGCAGAAGAAGCGGCAUGUGCCCAGAUGUUGGUGGACAGAUAUUUGAUACCUGAAGUAACUAGAUUACGCCAGUGGCUGAGUGGAGAUAGACCCAUGUGUCGGGACCGCAGACUUAGAAGUUUUUACGUGAUAUACGCUGUGCUCUGUUCUAGCACGUUCUUGCCACCCCCUGACGAGAAACCAGUGAUUCUGAUGGAGUCGCAAGUACCAGCAACAAGUCUGCCUUACACAAAUGGCGUGCGUCACGUGGUAACACUGGAAGGUGAAAACAUGCGCUCGGCGCUCACUCGCCUGUUGCUCGAAAUACAAGCGCGCAUGCUUACCGACAACACUGACGAAACGCGCGGCCUAGAAAUACUCACGCAGUUGUGGGAGCGCGUUGUAGUAAUGAAGGGGGCUCGAUCCGCCCUAGGUCUGGAAGCUCGGUUACGGUCGUAUGGGGCGCUAGAUCGGGCUUUGGAUGGACGUGGGGGUGUGGGCGGUGAGGCAGGGGGGGCUGCCAAACUGCGAAUGUUGCUGGCAGACGCCGCCAAGUUACAGGACGAGUCGCGACUCGACCUCGUCUGCGAAGCUGGCAUAACUCCCUCCGCACUUAGUGCGCUUAAUGCGCUCUACGAACUGUCCAUCAACACGUACAGCUCAGUUCGCAUAUUAUCUCAAAUACGUCUAUACUGGAUGUUAAGCCACUAUCCUUAUUCAUAUCGUGCGCUGGUUCCGAAACUAGCGGAGUUAGUGGAAACAGGAGGUGAAGGAGACGAGUGGCACGCAAAGCACAAAGGCGCUCUCUUCAUAAUGAUAGGCCCAAGGUCCGGCCCACUCAUUGCUAAACAAGAUUGGAAUGUGGUUCGAACACUUUGGCUUGCUGUGCUCAAAGCGCCGCUCAGUGAGAAACCAAGUAUUUUGAAAUUAGAGCAAGCAUUCGGUGACACCCUCCAGAGCCAUUUUCCAACCGUGAAUACAUGCUUGACAAUAUCCAAAUCCGCCAUUGAGGCAGCUAAAUAUUUCCUCAGUGAUGGUCAGCUCAAUGAGCCGCAGUUUGCUGAAAUGUUGCAAAAUGCGGAGAAAAGAGAAAUGGAGACGUCGAUUAAUACGGAAAAGCUGUAUAAGGAAUUCAUUGAGGACUUGGUGAACAUAGCAGAAGCACCUAAUGUGGUGUGGCGUCGUCUCGAGCUGGCAACACAGAUGCUAACGUUUGCCUCGUCGGUGCAGACAGCGUAUCCGGCGUGUGCUGUGCGGUUCGUUGUACGCUCGCUGCUACACGACGAUGUAGCGGUCCGUCGGUUAGCCCUUCGUCUUACCGCGUUCGUACUGAAGCAGCGCAAGCGAAAGCACGCCAAGAUUACAGUCGAUCCGUACCAGGUGGCCGGCGUGCCAAGACCCGAGCGACACGUGCCCGGGUAUAGAAAAGAUCUUGAAUGGGCAAUGUGGUCAAGAGAAAAAAUACCAAAAACUGAUGAAGAAUGGGAGCAACCGUGGCUGAGAAAUCCCAAUUGCGGAUUUUAUGCUUGGCCAGAAAAGCUUACGGUGGCAGCACCGUCGAGUGAGCAAUUUCGCUGCAAUGAGAUCAAGCCUGAAGAUAUGGAGGAAGGUGAACGGCAUUUGUUUGAGUUCUUCAGUGACGACGCAAAUGUAGACAAGCUUGUCGCCUUUUUAUCGGUAGAAGAAAAGAAGGGCAAAGACAAGUUUAAUGGGGUCCGUUUUACUAUGUUUAGGUUGCUGUUUGCACAAUUCGGUGAGAGGAUCGCAAACAAAUUCCUAAAGCACGCGUUACGCUGUGCCAGCGAGUCGCAGGAAGCUUCCCAGCGGUUGGCGGCUGAAAUAGCGGCCGCGGCAUUACAUGCGCCACGAUACUGGCCGAGAGAGCGAGCUCUCGCCCUUCAGCACGCUGCGCUUGACGUCAUCAAGGCCGGUCUAACUGCGGUGACAGCGGAGACGAUAGAGGACUGGGGCACUUGCUUGGCGACGGGAGUGGAAAAGUUGGACCCGCGCCGCAGUGGCGAUAUUCUGGCCGCUUUACUCGACUUCUGCGCACCGCAAAAGGCAGACGCUACUGAUCACAAUGAUCAGGAGGCCUCGUUUGUAGUGUGCGCGCGUCUCAUCGCGUUGCAGGGUGCAUUAGGAACACUCACAUGGCGUACAGCGCCAUUAGCUGCAGAACUCUUAAAGAGACUUGAAUCCACAAACUUUAUUCAGCAUCCCUACCAGAAUGUUCGAGAAACCGUUGGAAGAAUCCUUAUGACCAUCUUCGACACGGAGCUGGUGUUCCCGGGCGGCGACAGUGGACCAGCGCCGCGGCUUGUAGACUUCCUUGCAUCUAUACGCCCGCGACUCGCUGCCUUGUACGACGAAAACGGCGACAUUGUGGCACUGAGGAGCAGCGCGACGUUGGCGGCGGCGGCGUGCGGCGCGCAGGCGGGCGCGCUGCCGCAGCUCGCGCCGCUCCCCGCGCCCCCAGCGCCCCUCGCACACGCGCACCGCGCCUCCGAGCACGCUGACACGCAGCCGUCUGAGGCAAGCGGUGAGGGUUCAGACGGCGAAGUGAACGAGGAAGUGGAGGACGAUGGUGAAGGCCCAUUGCUGGGAGAGCGUCUCGACAAGCGACUUGAAGCACAGCUACACACCGCGCUCCGACUCGCUGGAGACACACUUCCCCCUCCCCCCACCGCGCCUCCCUCCGUACAGACCUUUGCGCCGCGCGACCACGCGAACGCUAUUAACCUCCUCACAACCGUGCUUCGUGGUUGCACUGGGCUGGUGGUGACGGGCGUGUGCGGAAGAGUGGAGGCGCAAUACCCACUAGUGGGCGUCGCGUGUGCUGCGGGCGCGCGUGGCCCCACGCCGCCGCAUGAGGAGCUGCCACGCGCCGCUGCCGCACUGCUGGCAGCCGUGGCAGGCGCCUCGCACGCGGCGAAUAACGCCCGCGCCUUCGUCACAGCACAGAGUACACUGGAGACGCUUGCCACGCAGCGUUCGUGGUGGGCACGUCUAUCGUGUCUCGAGUUGGCGCAACCGCUGCUGUUUUAUGCGCUCCCGGUACUCUGCGCGCAACCGGACGCAGCGACACGCGCUGAGGCGUUUACACUCAACCUCAUGCGCGAUAAGAGACUCGAGGUGAGACAAACAGCAGCCAAACUUCUGACCGGGCUAAUGCAUUGUCGAGCGUUGCCUGACGAAAACGAAACGCUUCGCUCGUUGAUGAACAGCUGUCGGUCCCAGGAAUUAGUUGAAAGGCACUGCGGGGUGCUAGGGCUGUGUGCGUAUUUAACCUCCCGGCCAUACAGCCUGGGGCCUAAACUAGGCGAUGUGCUGAACGAGUUAGCACGGCACACCAGCGCCCCGGAUCCCAUACCAGCCACAAUACGUACAGCUCUAGCAGAUUUCCGUCGCACACAUCAGGACGACUGGCCGAAACACCGCGAUCAGUUGACUGAAGAAGAACUCGACCUACUCUCUGAUCUCACUUCGCCACCUUCUUAUUGUGCGUAG